ACGUCUUGUAUUUAUCAUCGAGCAGUCAGUCGGUGGCCGUUAGUAUACAGAUAGGACGAGCAUUGUAUCGUGUCCUAGUUGGCGCAACUUACUCAACAUAAUAAAAAGUGUCGAGAAUUCGUACCGAGUUGCAGACGGAUGGUUGGACGUUUACAGAAUGAUUCUAACGGAAGCUUUUCAGUUGCUGUCUUUUACAACAUUCGUUGUAGCUGUUCUGUCGCAAACUGUAGAUGAACAGGUGCGGGCGUACCUUGAAGACUCUGGUGGCUACAACGAACGGGCCACAACGUUGUCCAAAACUUAUACAGUCGCCUCCUGGAUCUAUCACACCAACAUUACAUCCCACAACCAACAGAAAAUGACUGAACUGAGUUUGCAGUGGUCCGAGUUUGCCAAGAAUGAGUCAGUUAAAGCGUCGGAAUUCGAUCUCAAUGCCAUAACUGACGCGUCCUUGAAGCGACAAAUUGAGAAGAUUCUUGAUGUGGGGAUAUCCGGUUACGAGGAUACCAGUGUCUUGAAUAAGAUAGCGGAUCUUGAGGCUGAAAUGACCGACAUAUACAGUGCUGCAGAGUGGUGCAAAUCCCAAGGCGAAUGCUACAAACUUGAACCAGGUUUGACUGAGAUCAUCACAAACAGCAGGAAUUACGAUGAGCUGUUGGCAGCAUGGAAGGGCUGGAGGGAUGUGAGCGGUAAACACAUGAGAGCGAAGUACCAGGAGUUCGUGGAGCUUAUGAAUAUGGCUAUCAAGGCAGGCGAGAGGUACAGUGACAUGGGGGACUAUUACCGGUCGUGGUAUGAAGAUCCUCAGUUUGAGACUGACGUACGCAAUUUGUUUGACGAAUUAGCUCCCUUGUACGACCAGCUCCACAUUUACGUGCGUAGGAAGUUGAAGGAACAUUACGGCGCGAAUAAGUUCCCAACAUCCGGCCAUAUUCCUGCUCAUUUAUUUGGAAAUAUGUGGGCCCAGGGAUGGAGCAACAUUUUCGAUCUCUUGGCACCCUACCCUGAGGCCGACCAGACCAACCUUACCAAAGCUAUGAUCGACCAGAACUACAACGUGACGCACAUGUACGAAAUGGCAGAGGAGUUUUUCACGUCCAUUAGACUCAAGAAGAUGCCGGACACAUUCUGGACGCACUCUAUGCUGGAGAGGCCACCAGACCGUGACGUUGUGUGUCAUGCCUCCGCCUGGGACAUGAACAACGGAACAGACUUUCGGAUCAAGCAGUGCACGAUUGUAACAGGGGACCAAUUCAACACCGUUCAUCACGAAAUGGGCCACGUACAGUACUACCUCGAGUACAUCAACCAGCCUUACCUUUACAGGAGCGGCGCUAACCCAGGAUUCCACGAGGGGGUGGCAGAUAUUGCAAGUUUGUCGUUCCAAACACCAGAACAUUUGAAAGAGAUCGGAUUGAUUCAGGAGCUUCCAAGCGGAAAUGAGGGAGAUAUCAACUUCCUGUUCCAAAUGGCGUUACGCAAGGUGGCGUUUCUUCCAUUCGGCUACCUGAUUGAUCAGUGGAGGUGGAGUGUGUAUAGAGGACAGACCACGCCCGCCAAUUACAACACUGAGUGGUGGAAACUCAGAUGCCAGUAUCAGGGAAUUUCUCCGCCCGUAGAGCGAUCAGAGGAUGACUUUGACCCCGGGGCCAAAUACCACAUCGCAUCAAAUACCCCCUACAUCAGGUAUUUCGUGAGUUACGUGCUACAGUUCCAGUGGCACCAGGCGCUGUGUGAGUUGAUAGGAAAGGCAGAACCGCUACAUCGCUGUGAUAUCUACCGGAACAUCACCGCAGGAAAUAGACUCAAAGAGAUGCUACAGAUGGGCUCCUCCAAGCAGUGGGGCGAGGCCCUGUUCACGCUCACCAGGGGGACUUCCGGUGAAACCAGGAAACUGAGCGCCGCCCCGCUACUCAGUUACUUCAAGCCCCUGCAGGAGUGGUUGACGCAGCGAAACGCCGAAGCAAGUGAUACUGAAAUCUGGGACAAAACCUCGUGUCCACCUGGCUCAUUUCGAACUACUUCCGGUGGAAAUGUCGUCACGCCCGGAAAUCUUCUUCUCGUGCUGUUGAUUACUGUUAUUUUUGCAAUUAAUAAAGUUUAAUCAUUUAAACAUGUUAUAGCAUUUGUGGUCGGUGCAUUGCUUGAUUAUAUAGAUUACUCUGACAAUAAAAAGGUACACCUUUGUAAACAAUUUAAGCAGACGAUGUUACACAUUUGUAAAUAGUUAAAGAGAACGACGUUACCCAUUUGUGAAUAGUUUAAGAAUACGCAUUUACCCAUUUGUAAAUAGUUAAAGCAUACGACGUUACAUAUUUGUAAAUAAUUUAAGCAAAAGGCGUUACACAUGUGUUUACAAUCCUAACGAAAAACUAGCAUUUGUUCAAAUUAUAUAUAUUUAAAUCCAUGAUAUCUCGGUAAAAUGUAUAAAUAUUUCUUUUCUAUAUUUGAUAUUUCGUAUCUUUCAUUACAAAAAUAAGAACUUUAUACAGCAAUUCUGCAGCAUUUCUUAUUUGGUGAUACACCCAUCACGCACUUUUAUUUUUAUUUUGUACGCACCAAGUAACGCUUGUAUUGUGUAUAGCAACAUAAUUGUCUGAAACGGUGCAUUCUGGUGUAAUUUAUGAAUAUGUGUAUGUUAAGGGGGUGGGCGCGGGGAGUGCCUCCCCAGAUGAUUCCGCUAAUGAAUUGUAUAUAACUAGUUAAAAUAAAAUUAUAUAUACAGACAAUAUAAUAGCUUGAUUUGAUCUGCAUGUAAAAUAGCUUAAGUGUAAUAGAUAUGUUUAUACACUAGAAGAGCAUAUCGAGUUAUGUAGUUCACAUGUUUCAUUAACAUUACAUAUAUUUUGUUAAUGAAUAAACAGACUGGAUCUUUCCUUA